CGCCUGUGGUUCAGCUGAUCAGUUCAGUUCACUGGGGAAACACAACCGGACCAACAUGGACGGCGCUGGUUGGAGUCGGACAUGCGUCGCUCUAGUUGUCUCUGUUUGGAUCCAUGUCGUUACUGGAAGUCCAGUAGGUAACACCACCAUAAACUGUGGUUCAUCGUCUGGCGUUGUAAAUCUGGGUGCUGUGGAUGAAGGAUAUACAGGUGAUGUGGAGUUGGUGUCCGGUAUCCCAGCUGGUACUAGUGUGACACUGGAGUCGGACCUUUUUCCUGAGCAUCUUCAGUUUGUGGAGUUGAGCUUCACACCAGGGGAAACCACAGCGACUGUUCGCACCCAGAAGCCGCUCGACGCCGACGUCCUCACUACGACUGAUAGAGUUUUGUACUACAGUAUAGUCUGUGGCAAUGCUAAUAAGUAUAAAAACUCCCGCAGGCUGAUAAUCAGUGAUAUCAAUGACAACAGUCCAGUAUUUGAGAAGAGGUUUUAUUCUCAAACUAUUUCAGAGAUUCAUGCUGUGAACACGGAGGUUCUGCGAGUGACAGCUGUGGAUGCAGACAGCACACCUGCAUUCAACCUCCUGACAUACACCUAUACUCCAGAAACAGCAGACUUUUCCUUAACAAACUCUGGGGCGUUUACCUUAAUGAGACGUCUGAACUACAACGUAGUACCAAAUUACAAUUUUAUUGUCACUGCCAUGGACAGUGGUGGAAACAGUGACACAACCUCAGUUGAGAUCAUUGUAGAAGACUUUGAUAACUUAAAUCCCUUUUUCAGCCACAGUCUCUAUCAGGCUGUUAUUCCAGAGAACCAGGACGGAGUUCUCAGUGAAAUAAAACCAGAACCAAUAAAGGCCCAAGAUGGAGACACUGGAAUCAACAUGACGAUAAAAUACAGCAUCAGUUCAGUCUCUCCUGCCGAGUACCAAGCAAACUUCAACAUCGACUCCAACACCGGAGCUCUGUCUGUGGUGACAUCGUUUGACAGGGAGGAAUUGGACAACAGUGAAAUCUCUGUCAGCAUCAAGGCGGCCCAGACAGACGACCCUCUGAAGACCGCUGAUGCUGUCGUGUCCGUCACGGUGGAAGAUGUGAACGACAACGCUCCAGAGUUUGAUCAGUCGAGCUACAACGUCUCCCUUCUGGAAAACUCCCCCGCUAACACCGUCGUGUUCAAAGCUGCCGUCACGGAUAAGGACCAGGGAGGAUUCGUGGGAACCCUGCAAAUUCUCCCAGAAUCAACCUCCUUCUCCAUCAGCCCUGAUGGGACGGUCCGAGUCAUAAACCCUGAGGUUCUGGACCGAGAGGUCACCGAGACAUUUGUAUUCCAGAUCGAAGCAAAGGAGAGAGAUGCUCCCAAUCAAAUUACAACAGCUCAAGUCACCGUUAACCUCCAGGAUGAGAACGACAACAGCCCAACAUUCACCAGCAGCAUGUAUGAAGGACAGGUGUUUAAAAAUCAGACAGUAGGAAUGCUGGUUGUCAAGGUUGAGGCAGAGGAUCCAGAUGAUGGAAAGAACGGGGAGAUCCAAUAUUCCAUCACUUUCGGGAACAAUGACGGAUACUUUUCCAUCGAUGCUAGCACCGGCGAGAUCAGUCUGGCUAAAAUGAUUCCUCUGGAGGAAAAUCAAGUGCUGGAGUUCCCUCUCUACAUCACUGCCAGAGACGGAGGUACCAUAUCCCGUUCCACCGCAGCACAGGUGAUCGUUCACGCUCCAGGUAACUCGAAUCCUCAGUUUCUACAAAAACUCUACCAAGGCGCCGUAGAAGAGGAGCAGGAACCAGGAGCUCUGAUUGUGAAGGUGAACUUCCUUGCACUUUCUUCUGAACCCGUGACCCUUCAAGUUACAACAGAAGCUGAUAAGUUCUCCAUCUCCCAAACUGGUGAAGUCAAAACCACAGUGAAGCUUAACCACGAUGACGGCCCACACAACUACUCAGUGGGAAUCUCCAUCAGCGACGGCGCCACCACUGACACAGCAGUCGUUGAGGUUCAGGUCACUGACAUCAACGACAACAGCCCCAUUUUCGCCUCCAGUUCUGUCUCAAAGUCUGUCCCAGAGGACACAGAGGUGGGAUCCAACAUUACUGAAGUCGUAGCCACAGACAAAGACAGCGGCUUCAACAAGGAGAUCAGAUACUCCCUGAGAGGAGGGGAGGGGCGGUUCUUCAUCGACCCAGUGUCCGGGAUGGUGAGCCUGGCUGGUGCGCUCGACAGGGAGACCACAGCGGCGUACGAGCUGCUGGUGGAGGCUGAAGAUCAGGGUUGCCCUGCCAGGUCCGCCACCGCCACGCUGGCGCUCCAAGUAACCGACAUCAACGAUAACGCCCCGAAGUUCUCACAACCGGAGUACCAGGUGGAAGUCUCCGAAACCGAGGCAGUGGGUACGAGCCUCCUGAGGCUGUCAGCUGAAGAUCCGGAUGAAGGAGCGAAUGAGAGAGUCACCUACAGCAUCUCAGAGCAGAGUCCGUCGUCUGAGCCUGCAGUUUUUCAGCUGGAGGCCUCCAGCGGGAUCCUGAGGCUAGCCCAACCUCUGAACUACAGCGAGGUCAAAGAGUUCACCCUGAGCAUUCAGGCGUCAGAUGGAGGGUCGCCCUCUCUGGUCGGUAAUGGAUCUGUGGUGGUGAAGGUGAAGGAUGUCAACAACAACCCUCCAAAGUUCAGCAAGGAGCGCUACGAUGAGGCGAUCUCUGAGAACCUGGCCAGCGGUGCAUCCAUCCUCACACUGGAGGUCACUGAUAUAGAUGAGGACGGAUUCUCCAAUGGCCACUUCGUUUACACCAGUGAUACUUUUGACAUUAACAAUCAAGGAGUAGUUUCACUAAAGAAAGACAAAACUUUGGACAGAGAGACGAAGGACAGCUACAUGCUGCAGGUUGUAGCUGUGGAUCAGCCCACCGACGGCCUGAGCGCCACGGCUCAGCUCAACAUCACCGUCCUGGACUAUAACGACAACACCCCUCAGUUCCCGAACAUCCCCUACCCCUUGGAGAUCCUGGAGGGCGAAUAUUCAGCGGAAAACCCCGAAGAAAUUUUCAUCAUCCAGCCCACAGACGCAGAUAUCGGUCUGAAUGGAGAGGUCACCCUCUCACUCAGUCCACCUCACCCCAUUUUCAGUUUCAGAGAGGAUGGGAUGCUGUUGGUUGUUGGUUCUUUGGAUCGGGAAAACAUGGAAACCUAUAACCUGGUUCUGCAGGCUUCAGACAGAGGCAGCCCACAGAGAGAGAACAUCACCACCAUCAGAGUGAGCAUCAUGGACCUCAAUGACAACAAACCCGAGUUCAGCUCCAGCAGCUAUGAAACCAGCAUCCUGGUGAAAGACGCAGAGAAGGGGAAGCUGCUGCUGACUCUGAGAGCCACCGACAAAGACUAUGGAAACAACUCGCUUAUCAGCUACAGUUUCUCGGAAGGACAUUCGCCACAUUUGGCCUUAGACAGCGAAACAGGAGAAGUGACGCUGACCUCUGACCUUGCUGAUGUAAAAGAAGACACCACACUGGUUCUGACGGCUGAGGCCACAGAUCACGGCGAGCCUCCGCUCAGCACCACAGCUCGUGUGGUGGUGAACAUCAGGAUCGCCAGUUCUGAAGGCGUGGCGUUCCUGAACUCCUCCUACGACUUCAGCCUGAAAGAGAACGAGAAUUCGGGGGUCACUGUGGGGCAGGUCAGCGCCUUCGCAGGAAGCGACCUGUACGAGGUUUCCUAUGGACUGAGAACACACGAAGAUCUGUUCUCCAUCGACAGCAGUGGUACCAUCUUUUCUACAAAAGAGCUGGACAAGGAGGAGCAGGAGUGGUACAUCCUGGAUGUGGAGGCUGUGGACACGCGGACGCCUCCCACAUCAGCAGUGGCGCUGGUCAGAAUUCAGGUGGAGGACGUAAACGAGCCUCCAGAGUUCUCCUUGGAUAAUUAUGAAGGCUCUGUGUUCAGCAUCGUCCCGUACAAAACCCCAGUCAUCCAAGUGAAGGCCUCGGACCCAGAUGUUGGAGACAACAGUGAGCUGGUCUACAGUCUGUCAGGAGAAAGCUCCUCCUUUGACAUGGAGUCGACUUCAGGUCUGCUGUUUGUGGUGUCAGCAGCAGAUCUGGGUGGAAAAACCGUCACAAUGGAGGUGAAGGCCACAGAUCCCCAUGGACUUUCUGCUACAACCACAGUAAAGGUUGUGGUUCAGGGCAGCGCCAGCAGCAGCGACGUGACGACCAUCUCUAUAAAUCAGCCGGCUAACAUUGUGGAGAGGAAGAUUCCAGAGCUGGAGGAGGCUUUAGGUAAAACUCUGGGCUGGAAGGUGAACAUAAUCCAGGUGUGGAUCUCUGGUGGAGAAGAAAGCCGAAUGCUGAGGGCAUCGGUCAAGACGUUGGUCAGCUUCGUCGCUCUUGAUAAUGAUGGAGCUGUUGAACCUCAAGAAGUCGCAAAGAAGCUGCAGAGCGAGUCUGAAAAGGUGAAAGCGGAGCUGGCCGUGAUGUUUGGGAACGAGAUUGAUUUUGAUGUAGAGACAAACUCUCAGAGCUCCAGCUCAGGGAGUUCGUCAGACCAGACUAUAGUCAUCGUUCUGGGGGUUUUGUUGGGCGUGACGUUCAUGGCACUGAUUGUUUUCUUGGCUUUAUUUAUCAGUGUCAAGACCAGUAGGAAGCAAACUGCAUCUGACAGAGAGAGCUUUGACAUCAACCGUAAAGCUGAAGGUUACACGAACAUGAAUUUCCAGGCAGCCUCCACAAAUCCCGGUCUGCAGUUUCCUGUGAAUCCGUAUAAACGCAGAGCAGAAGACAAAGACACGGCUCAGUGGGAAAGACCUGAUGAGAACCGGACGUCAAACAAAGACAGUCUGGGAGUGAGACAACACAGUAACAGCGAGAGCGAUGAAAGCCACACCUCUGCUCUCUGAUCCGAACAUUUCUGUUAACCUUUACGCACCAGAAUAAUCAUCUAUUUUAUUUUUAAUUGACCUCUGUGUCUUUUAAAAUAUCCUAAUUUAUUAUCAUCUUCAAGCACCUUUGUUUCUGUAUAGUUAAAUUUCAGCAAAGAUUCCCAACAUGAAUGUGAUUGAAGUUCUCCGUUAAUGACUGUACAAAUCUACUUAAUAAAAGUCUGUUUUAUUUAUAAGA